ACGUUCUCCGCUGCCCCACCAACACGUGCCGGCUCUCGGUGGGAAGGGCCCCGCUAUCUCAUCCAGUCCCGCGCUAGAUACUGGGCUGGCCCACUCUGACGGUUCUUUUACCCACAGAGCAACGAUGGUGUAUGGGACUCGCACCGCAAGUACCCACCAUCAACGCCCUCCAUCCGUGUCGCGGAGAGGAUAUAAGCUUCUCCCAUCGCUCUUGUUUCGGUAGCUUCUCUUCGCUCUUCUCCGCUGUCGGAGUGCGCUCCCUUUCACGGUUGUGCCACUCGCCGCCGCCAUGAGCCGGAGCAGCCACCAGAGCCCCCAUGCGAAGCUGAAGACACCACCGCGGCCCCUCUUCUCCUGCGGCAUCUUCCGCAACUGCACCCAGUCCGCCCUCAGUCCCACCACUCCUCCCCCCUCCGCCGCCACCUUCUUGGCCUCCGCUUCCCCGCCGCCUCCUUCGGCUACGCCCCCACCGCCCUCCGCCUCGCCUCCGCCCCCUCCUCCGCCCCAGCCGUCCGCAGCCCCCGACCCACCCCGGCCGACCGAGCCCGAACGCCCUCCUCCGUCCACAUCCUCCUCCUCGUCCUCCUCCUCGUCUACUUCCCAGAGCUUCACCCAGUGGAGAUUCCCCCUGCAGCACCACCACCAACAGCAACCGACGCCUGAGCCGGAGCGCGGGCCGCAGGCCCUUGACCCUUCCCACGCCGCCUCCUUUAACCUCGCGGAGGCGUUCCGUGCCGCAGAGCUCCAGUUCGCCUCCGGCGCCAGCCUCCCGGCCCUGCGCCUGUUAGAGAGGUCCCUCGCACCGGACUCCUCUCCCACGCCGAUACCCUGUCCUCCGCCGGUGAUGGCCGGCGUGGUGGCCGCCCUGCGGGAGCCAGCCUCGGCGCGGCCGGCGGCCAAAGUGCUCCUCGCGCUACUCCUCGCGGAGCACAACCGGCGGGCCGCAGUGGAGGCCGGGGCAGCGUCUGCGGCGCUGGAGGCGGUGGCGGCGUCUGGGCCUGCGGGCGCGACAGCGGAGCGGGCGCUGGCGGCGCUGGAGCUGCUGUGCACUGUGGCGGAUGGGGCGGCGGGGGUGCGGGCACACGCCGCGGCCGCGGCGGCGCUGGCGGGGGCGGUGGAGGGGAUGGCGGGGAGGGGGAGGGAGUGCGCCAUCGGUGUGAUGGCUGCGAUCUACGGCGGGGCGGCGGCGGGGGAGGCACCGCCGGAGGUGGGGAGGGCGGUGGUGGCGGCGAUGCAGGGUGAGUGCAGCGCGCGGGGUAGACGGAAGGGGGCGCAGCUGCUGCGCGCGCUGCAGGAGAGCGGCCGUCUCGAUCUCCCGACUGACACAGCCAUCGGACGCCCAUGAAGAGGACUGCUCCCCGGAGCGGGGCCGGUGCUUUCUCGGAUACCGAUUGGUGGGUGCAAAAGUAGGCCUUCACAGGCAGCGUGUCAGCGAGCCGAUGGCGUGGGGUGACAGAGAUAGCAGGGAGAGGGACGUACGCGGUUGACAGAGAUAUGACGGGAGGAGGGUGGUUGUGUCAGUGACUGUGUCAAAAAAAGCCGGAGCCCCAUGGGAAGGAGAGCUUAUUAUAAUAUUAUAGUUACCGCAGUUCUCGCAUUCUAGGAUCCUUCUUCUUCUUCAUGUAAAGAGUUAUCAUGUCAAUAUAAUUGGAAUUUAGACUGCAUGCGUGCUGUAGAUUCA